UUUACUCAUUAAAAUCCAAAGGUGUUUUUUCGGCUGCAUACAAAAAUACGUGUUUUCAUCCAAAAGUUAAAAGAAAAACUUCUAUCCAGUCAUGACUCUGUACAAAUUCAGUGAAUUGGCCUACGCCAAAAUGAUUUUCCAUGCUGCCAAAUAUCCACACCUCGCUGUCAAUGGUGUUUUGCUAUCCUCCAAAACUGAAGGUGAGAUCGUGGAUGCCAUUCCCCUCUUUCAUCAGUGUUUGUAUGUUACCCCUAUGGCCGAAAUAGCCCUAAUGCAGAUUGAUUCAUAUUGUGAACGUGAAAAUCUGGUAGUCUCUGGAUACUAUUGUGCUGCCGAGAAUUUUUAUGACAACACUUUGGAUAAGGCAUCGGCUGCUAAAAUUGCCGAUAAAAUCCAAGAAAAUUAUAAAGCUGCCUGCUUUGUUAUGAUCGAUAAUAAACUAAUGACACUGGGCCAGGAAGUGCCACCACUUAAAGUCUACUCUUGUACAUCGGAAGCCGGUCGUUGGGCACGAGCCGAUUAUAAAUUGAUUCAAUCAGAAGCUACAUUGGAAGCUGUUGCAGCCUUACUGAAACGUGGAGCCAUGAAGGAUGUUGUGGACUUUGACAAUCACCUAGAUAAUCCAGAAAAUGAUUGGACAAAUAAGUUUAUGAAUUGUGGCUUGAAACAGAUUAUGGCAAUGUAUUGAGUAGUUUUAUACUCACGGACAAAUAUUAGCAUUUUUU